AUGCUACUUUCUGCUGGAUUCUGCAUCCCCGCGAUAUUAUCUCUGAUAUUUACCUGGGAUAAGAUUUUGGAGAUCAACUGGAAGAGGCGACGGCCUGUUGAGCCUCUCAACGCUCGGAUUGAGGGUGCGAAUAUGACUGUUGGAGAGCUUAAAGGCAUCAACAACGUCGUGAGGAAGUUCUUGGGCGUCAUCGAAAUUCCGUUGUUUGGCGGGGUGAUUAUCACGAUUAUUGGGGUUGGCGAAGCGAACUUCUUCAGCCCACAAGUACGAUUUAUGACUGAGCCCAUGGCUUCGAUUGGACAAUGGUCACCAAUAGCUGGAACAAUCAUGGCCGCCCUUGGUUCUCUUUAUAUUCUGUGGUCAACCAAUGGCGACGACGUCCCGAAAGGGAAGCCCCCGAACCAAUCCGAGAACUCUGAUUCAUCACGUAUCAGUCGCAGUAGUGAGCGACCGCCUUCUCAACGGUAUCCUUCGCCCGUGUAUUUUGGCCCUGAUAGAGAGACGGGGGAUGGUCUGGGUAUACGAUCAGAAUCGCCCAACGUUAUCGAAUUGACCCCGACCAUCACGUAUCCUGAUUCUGAACGUAAUAUGGGUUCUGCCUCUCAGGCUGUUCAGCAAGAUACUCACCAAUCGGAUCAGCCAACAGCUGGCAGAAACCGGAUACGAAGUUGGUUGACAUCAGCCGGGAAUUACCUCGGGGAUGCAGCACAUGAAAGACUUGAUCCAGACCAUGAACGAGUUGAUGAGGAGACUCAGAGGUUUCCAGAGGUUCCUGGCGAGAUUCUGCGAAACCCCGAUCUGGAACGCAUCAGUCGCACGUACAGUCAGCUUCGCGAAGAAAGGGCGAACAGCGUAUACGCGGCAAGCAUCAUGUCUUCACCAGCGCUUGAAGGUAGUGCAUCUCCGGCACCUACGUCUCCGCCACUACACCAAGAACCUCCGCGUCCUGAUACUAGUCCUUCUCGACAGCCGAAACGGCGAGAUACACUAGAAGUACCAAAGGGAGGGCAUUGA